AUGGUUUCGGUUGUCACUGAAGUCCAUGCUGUGUCGAUCCAUCCAAUGACUUGCUGGAAAGUUGCAUGGCGCAUCCUCCCGGUUGCCGUGAAGCUGUACUCUCCAUCCACCAUCCACUCCUCCCACAGGCGACGCAAGAUUGCCUUAAAGCUCCGGUUCACUGAGAUGUCGAGUGGCUGGAGUACUUUGGUUAAGCCUCCAGGGAUGAUGGCAGUGUGGGACGGGCCCACCCCAGGAGCCCGCUGUGAGGUCUUCAUCAGCCAGAUCCCACGGGACGCCUACGAGGAUCUGUUGAUCCCCCUUUUCAGCUCUGUGGGGCCCCUCUGGGAGUUCCGGCUCAUGAUGAACUUCAGUGGGCAGAACCGCGGCUUCGCCUAUGCCAAGUACGGCUCACCAGCUGUAGCUACCGACGCCAUCCGCCUGCUGCACGGUCACAUGCUGGACCCCGGCUUCCGCCUCAGUGUCCGCCGCAGCACCGAGAAGAGACACCUCUGUAUAGGAGACCUGCCAGCCGCCACCAGGCAAGAGGACCUACUGCAGGUGCUGCGUUCACUGACAGAGGGGGUGGAGAGAGUGUCUCUGAAGGCUGGGCCCGGUAUAGAGGGGGUGUCUGCUAUAGUCGCCUUCUCAUCCCACCACAGUGCUUCUAUGGCCAAGAAGGUGCUAGUGGAAGACGAGGGGGAGACCCACUGCCCCAGCACCUUGCCAUCCCCGCUCCUCCUCCUCUCCCCAGGGGCAUCUAGCAUCCACAGCAUCCCCUGUGAUGCUCCUAUCAAGAUGUGUGAGGCGACUGGCUUGCCACCGAGCCUGAGUGAAAUUCCCACUACACCACCUGCCUGUGACUGCUUCCUCCUAUUAGAGCGGGAGGGCUGUUAUGAUCUGCCGGACCCUCUACCACAGUCAUGCCUGGAGGAGGUCAGGCUGCAGCAGCAGGUCCUGCAGAGGGUGUCACACCUAACCAGCUGCACAUGA